AUGAUCAAGGUCAGCGCCUUGCUGUGUACCAUUGCUGUCUUGUCCUACGCCGUUGCUGGCCCCCUGAAGCCUCCUGUCGCGCACACGUUGAGUGGUCAUGGCGGACAUUCACCCGUAUUCAACGCUGCCGCUCAGGCUGUUGUGCCGGCUCAAAUCCCUCGCCGGGGAUCCGAAGGUGAGGUGCAAGGUAAUCUCAUCUUUACUCCGAAGCUUAGGGCAGAGGCCGCCACUUCAACCGAGCCUCUCCAGAAGCUCGAAUCGUCUAGGCUCUUCCGCAGGAAUGAACCGAAUGACCCACGUUCAAGUGCAGACUCUUCGGGCGAAUCCACGCCCACUGUAAACAGAGCAGGUGGUGCUGUCGACUUGGAUGGAACAUCACAGCGAGAAGCUGUCGUGCAAGAACUGCACGGUGAUUUGCAGGGUAAUCGGCCGGUGUUGCAGAGAAGAGGUGGUGCUCUUAGUACUCUCUGGAACCGGGAACAAUUCGAACCAACGACCACGGAACCAAGCCCAGGUUUUGCCUCCCCGAGGCCUCUCGAGGAGACGCUGCGAUUUUUGAAGAUGCAACCGAACGAUCCGUAUGUCAGGGAAAUCGCAACUUUCCACAGUUACUACGACAAGGUCCUCGAUCCAGCAACGCUGCCUCCUCGCCUCGGCCUUAAGCUGGCUGGUGACUACGAAAGAUACAAGCGCUGGUUCCCACACCAAGCCGAAGACAUUUGGACGUUCGAACCAAGUAAUGCUGUACAGCACUUUCGUUCGGACGUGACCCGGAGUCGGAUCAGCGGCAUGAAGGACCUUGUAAACAAACUCCUUGGCUACAAAGAUGCUUUACGACUGGACUCGAAACGGCACGACUAUCUUACAGCGCUCAACAGCCGAUUCGAAUCUGCUUUAGGCUACUUAAGCCCUACUGAAGCCUCUAUAGACUUCUUCGAACGGAACGUACGCAACCCGCGGAAUCCGUCCCGUGCGUACAGGAAAGCAGGACUGGAUAGAGAGGCCAAAGCCCUGCGCAUUGCCGAAAAGCUGAACGAGCUGAGCGUAGAUCACGAUCUGCUCGUCAAGCUCGAAACAGAAUUUGACGAUCUUGUGCGAAGAACCACCGAACGCGGUGAGGGGCUCUUGCGUCGUUCGACCAACUCUCAUCCUGUUGCCGGCAAAGUGACAGGCGGCAUUGCGUCUCGUUUGGUACGCUUGCUUCCGAGAGCACCGGACGGCUCUGGGCCCCCUGAAGGGCGGCAGUUGCAACAAUGGCAGUCGAUUGACGAGACUCUGCAUGGCUUGGGCAUGACGCAAGAAGAGCUGGGGGCAUUCGAAAUUGCCGACUUUCUGAGAAGGCGUCAGCGCUUGCUCCCUAGCCGCGCGGUCGACUUGCAUCAUCGUCAACAGCUUGCGGACCUGUACAGGUCGUAUAAGCAAAGCCAUCCGCUCAGUGGAGGUGCGCUGGACUACGAGCAUCCUCCGGUAAUGCUCUACGACUUGAUUUUCAGCAACGGGCGCGACCGGUUCCGCGAUGUUGAGCCGGUCAUCGAUCACAUGCUACAGAAUCAAGAAGCUCUGCAGCUCAACCGACACCGAGUUGCCUUCCUCGAGGCUUUGCGGGCUAGAUUUGCGCAGACCCGGGCAGGCUUGGCUCGCACGGCCGACGACUUCAUCGGGCAGCCAGAUACAGACUCACAGCGAGAGAUGCGCUUGACACGUUGGGAGGCUCACGACUUUGCUGAAGAGCCGAGACACAUUCUGGGUCUUUUGGCGUCACGGCUACACUCUGAUACGCAUGGCUCGACGCAUUUCACCAACGACCUACAUUUUCUUCAACGUUUAGAGGUUGCCUUCGACAGGUACGUCAGGCGCAUCGAUCAGGAACUGGAGCUGGAGAAUGCAAGAAGCGUCCCCAAUCAUCUCAAGAAGCGUUCCACCUCCUCAUAUGCGCCUUAUAAGCCUGCGUUUGAUGAGCAUGGAUCGGUGCACGGAAGACAAACAUCAUCGCAUCUCCGCGAGUUCCGUCCGCGAUCCGGCGGCGACUCUGGCAACCGGCCCACGGGUGUCUGGCGGGAGCCGACGUUGCAGGAGCUUGCAGCAAGCAUGGGCUUUGGCGUCGAUGAUCCUACAGGCGAGCCUGUUGCGCGUUUCUGGCGUCUCUGGGAGUCGAUAUUCCGUCCAGCUCCUGGCUUCGAAGAAUCGGUGCGAGAACCCAAGAGUCUCUACUCCCCUUACCAGGAUGCUCAUCCAGUGCGGGGAGCAGAUGCCGAUACUACGUACCCUGCCGUCUUUCACGACCAGGUGUUGGGGUCGGCUGCAAGGAAUCGAUUUCGAGAUAUCGACGCAUUGCUUUCAUACGUGCUUGAGAAUGCUGUUCCCCUCGGAUUCGACGAGAUCCUGGUCGCUUAUCUAAGAGCUAUCAAGCAACGGUUCGACCUCUAUAAACAGCUCUCAACGCCGACCGAUGCAGAGAUUGUAGAUCGAGCUUUAGAAAAGAUUCGAGCGGCUCUUGGUGGACCAUCAGAAAUUCAGGACACGACAGCAAGCAUCGUCAAGAUGAUAAAGCACGCCGAAGUGCGCAGUAAGUUGGCAGAGAACAACGUCGCUCGCGACAAGCUCGACUCCUACUUGAUCGGCGAUUUGGAGCACAGCUUGGACAGCUCGGACCGUGUUGUGCCCGGUGCAGAGACCCACACGGCCACAACUAAGACCUUACUUCGACGUAAUGCAUCGCAGGACGUGCGGGCCGAUGAUUUGCCGCAGCAUGCUCAGGGCUCAGACAGUCUAACGUCUCAUCCACGCGUUCCAGCCACCCUCUCAAGAUCGACACCACUGACGACGACGAACAAUGAUCUGAGUGAGGAAGACAGACCGCGAGGCCAUGCAGGCCCUAGUGAAAUCGAGCGAUUUCUGCAGCGCAACGAGCCUCUUCUGCCCGCCUUAGGUCGAGCUACAGAUCGACGAGAGUACCUGAUACGUCUCUUUCGAGCCUAUCAGGAUGCCGUGCCGUUGCGAGGGGAAAGCCUCAACCUGGAGAACGCACAGCUGUUCACGCGCCUUACGAUGGACAACGUAGGCCGCGAUCGGUUCAAGCACAUUGGGCGGAUCAUGGAGUACAUGAUCGUGAAUCGAGAGGAUCUGCGACUGAACAGAUUUCGAACUCGUUUUCUCAAAGCUGCGGCUGCAAGAUUCAGAAAGUUGGAACGGCUGCUCAGCCCGACGCUCGAAGACUUUAGAGAGCGGGAGCAGCUGGCUGCCGAUUCCAAGGACCGUGGCACGCUUUCGGGAGAACAGUAUCAGCUGGUGAUGCGAGCGAUCAACAGCGGCAAAGCACUUCGAUCGAGCCGCGCACUCGUCCAUGGUAAAGUCAUUGAAUACGACCUGAAUUUGAUCAAGAGGAUCGAAAAGGAGCUCGAGGAGAUUAGCAGUCCCAUUCAGCAGGCGGAGGAAGUAGGCAGCCGUCUCGUCCGCCGCGAAGCAAGACUUCAGGCGCGGAUGGAAGGGGAGAAACAGCCGCUCCCCGAGGACAAGCGAUCUGAACAGCGGCUUCUCGAACCCGCCGAGGAGCCUCAGCCGUUCGCCCAGCCAGACCAAUCUUCCUCCAGAGUCGUCAAUGAGAGAAAGCCGACCGAUGUCGAGGCGACACGCAUCCUUUCGGGACUCGGUAUGCAUCUGACUGACGAGCAUGCGCGGCCCAUUGCGGCCUGGCGUCUGCACGAAGCAGGCUUGCUGGAAGGCCGCACCGAUUCCGGUGUCGCGGCUGGGCGGUUGAGGCACGAAUGGAGCCGGUACCGCCAAGAGUUUCCUGAAGAGGCGCCAUUCAAUUACGGCAACAUCGUUCCCAUGCAAGUCGGCAUCAAUCUUAUAUAG